AGCUCGGGGUUCCAUCGGCAAGAGGGGGGGGGUCCUUUCCUGUCGGAGAUCUCCAAGCGCAGGCACCAUGGCCGAGGCCCGUCAGGCAGCGGCCUUCCGCCUAGACCUCGGCCAGGGGACUCCAGGACAGUGGUGGAAUCCAGCCUUGAAGGAAGUCGGUCUUGCUGGGCUGCGCUCCUGGAAGCGGAGCCUGGCCCGGUGCAGGGACGACGUCCUAUGCGGAGCUUGCCCGGCUGGCCUUGCCAGUGGCUUCUUCCUCCUCGCCGCUAUCCAGGGCUCACGGUUCAUGCAGCUGGACCCCUCUUUGGGGCUGGUGGACUGGAUCAAGGCCAGCCUCCCAGACUGGGGUGUGCGCUGGCUCCCAGGCUUCCAGGGGGCUCUGGCGGCCACCAUCUUCGCCGGGGGCCUCUGGAUGGCCUUGCUGCUGACCCUGCAUGUGGUACUGCGGCUCCUCCUCCGUUACCAGGGCUGGCUGAGUGAGACUCGUGGGACCCUGUCCUUGCCCACGCGCUCCUGGCUGGCUCUGGUCAGGAUCUUCUCCGGCCGUGGCCCGACACUCUACACAUACCAACGUUCCCUUCCCUGCCUACCCCUGCCCUCUGCAGAGGGUACUGUGGCCAAGUACCUGGAGUCUGUGCGGCCACUGCUGUCUGACAAGGAUUUUCGGGACCUGAGCAGCCAGGCCCAGACAUUCCUACACACGGAGGCCCCCCGGCUGCAAGCUCUUCUGGGCCUCAAGGCCUGGUGCUCAGCCAACUAUGUGAGUGACUGGUGGGAAGAGUACAUCUACCUGCGCUCCCGAAGCCCCCUACUGGGCAACAGCAACUUCUACAUCCUGGACUUCCUCUCCAAGGCCCCUACGCCUCUGCAGGCUGCGCGAGCUGGUAACGCUGUGUAUGCCAUGAUGAGAUUCCGGGAGCAGCUUAGCCGCGGGGAGAUUGAGCCUGCAACAGUGCUGGGGAUGCGCCCCCUGUGCUCAGCCCAGUACCGGCAAAUGUUCAACACCACUCGGGUCCCGGGGGUCUCCAGAGACCAGCUGUGUCAUGUCAGGGAUAGCCGCAGCCGCCAUGUGGCCGUCCUGCACCAGGGCCGCUUCUUCCGACUGGGAACCCAUGGGGGGCCUGGGGGCCGCCUGCUGAGCCCCCGUGUCCUGGAACAGAAGUUUCAGCGCAUCCUAGAUGACACGACUCCUGCCAGGCCCCUGGAAGAGCAUCUGGCCGUUCUGACGGCUGCCCCCAGGGCCCUGUGGGCUCAGGCUCGGGCCUCCCUGCAGGCCGGGGACAGGAGCACACGGGCUGCUCUGGAGAUGGUGGAAAAUGCCGCCUUCUUCGUGUGCCUGGAGGAGACCCCGGGGUCCUCCAAUACACCCCCUGAGGUGCUGCUGGAUGAGCUAGCACGCUCCUUGCUGGUGGGAACUGGCCACAGCAGGUGGUUGGACAAAUCUCUGAACCUCGUGGUCUUUGCCAAUGGACGCAUGGGGCUGAACGUGGAGCACGCCUGGGCCGACACCCCUGUCCCUUCGCACCUGUGGGAGGCUGUAUUGGCUGCCGAGUGCUUUGAGCUUGGCUACACGGCUGAUGGGCACUGCAGGGGGACCCCCAGCCCCACGGUGGGACCGCCUGAGCGGCUUCUGUGGGCUGUGCCCGAGGAGGUGGCCACCUCCAUCCCCCCAGCUCUGCAGAAGGCCCAGGCCUUGGCUAGGGACACCGAAUGCCACGUGCUCCCAUUCACCCACUUUGGGAGAGGAUUCACCCGGCGCUGCCACACCCCAGGAAGCAGCUUUGUGCAGCUGGCCCUGCAGCUGGCUAGAUUUCGGGACCAAGGCAGCUUCUGUCUGACCUACGAGGCUUGUGUGACAAGAUUGUUUUGUGAGGGCCGCACAGAGACCCUCCGGUCCUGCACGCUGGAGACCUGUGCUUUUGUCAGAGCUAUGGAGGACCCAGGGCUGACGGAUGCCCAGCGCCUGGCCCUCUUCCGAGUGGCAGCAGAGAAGCACUGGGCUCUGUGUCGGGCAGCCCUGACUGGCGAGGGCAUCGAUCGUCACCUCUUCUGCCUCUAUCUUGUCUCCUGCCUCCUCCAUCUGCCAUCCCCAUUCUUGACCCAGGUUCGGUCUGAGCGAUGGAAACUCUGCACCAGCCAGAGCCCAACGCGGCAGCCACAGCUGUUUGAUCCAGCCAGCCAUGUCGAUUACGCUUUCUGUGGGGGUGGCUUUGGGCCUGCAGAUGAUGAUGGCUAUGGUGUGUCUUACAUCUUCAUGGGAGAGAGUAUGAUCACCUUCCACAUCUCCUGCAAGGUCUCCAGCCCUGACACGGAUUCCCGGCGGUUUGGGCAGCACAUUCAGGACGCAAUGCUGGAUGUGGCCGCACUGUUUGGCCUAGGCAUUGGGCCCAGCACAAGGGCCCAGCCAGGUGAGGCAGCCAGGGAGGACAAGACUUCCAUGAAGACCCCCGGAGGGCCUGAGCCCCAGCAGUAAGGCCUCAGGGUCCUGAGGGGGCUGCCCUGAUGUUCUGGGGCUGGGGAGAUGGAGAGGCUCCGGGCAGGCCCCGAAGAUGACUGAUGAGCAAACUUGGCAUUAUGGAGUCUGGAAUAAUGGGGGCCACAAUUGUGCGCUGAGCCCAACCUCACCUGCUAUCUGCUCAUCCUCACCACUGUCCUGGGCCAGCUUCAUUGUCCCCCAUUGACCCGACCCCUUCCCAUAUCCUCAUCCCUAACGUGAACUCCAAUUCUGGAUCAAAGCCCCCUGCGCCAUCACCAACCACAGCCCCUCCCCAGGCAAGGGUCAACCCCACCUUACCCCAUUCCAUAAAUUAAGGUCAACUUCAAUUGUACCCCACUCCGCAGUCGAAACCUAGGCCCAACAUUCCUCCAUUCCAUGGGCUAAGGUAAACCCCAAGCUUAGCCCAUUCCAUAGGCCACACGUAGCCAUAACUCCAGCUGAUCCACAGGCUAAGCUGAGCCCCAAUGAUAGCCUUAAAUGCAACUUGAUCUCAGCCCAAUCACAGGCCUUCCUCAGCUUCAAGCACCCCCAAGCCCGGGCCAUCGUCUUCAACAACACCCUAACCUCAAUUCUCCGUCAGGCCAUUCCAAAUACCUACCUUCACUCAUCAUCAGCAACAAUGUCAUCUGAACCUGAGCCCCAGACUCAUUCCAGUAUCUGCUCAGAGUCAAAUUAAGUCCAUCCCAAACUACCCACAGGCCGACCUCAGCCCCAACUGCAUCAGAACAUCCAACUACCUACAGGCCAACUUCAAUGCAACCCUUAACCAAAUUCACUUAAAGAAGCAAUUAUUAAGCACCUACUUUGUGCCAGUCAGUGUGCUUCAAGCUGGGAAAAUAGAGACAACAGUGAAACAGUCCCUGCCCCCAAGGAUAUUUAUUGGGUGGAAACAACAUGAGCAUGGAUGAAGAAAUAGAAAGACACAAAGGGUCUUUGUUGUUUUGGGUGGAUGGGAGCAUUAACAGUUAGAAAGGUUUGUUGUAGGAGGAGAGAUCUGACUGAACCCUGAAUGGAGCUGAGGAUUCCAAGAAUUGGGGAACCUUUUAGAUGUGGAAGAUGAUGGCUUGUGAAAAGGCAUGGGUCAGUUGUUAGACCUCCAGGCCUGGAGUCAGGAAGACUUCAGUUCAAAUCUUGCCUCACAUUAGCUGUGUGACCCUGGGCAAGUCGCUUAACCUUGGUCUGCCUCAGUUUCAUUACUUGUAAAAUGGGAAUAAUAGUAGCACCUAUCUCCCAGGGUUGUUGGGAAGAUCAAAUGAGAUAUUUGUAAUGUGCUUUGCUAACCUUAAAGAGCUGUGUAAAUAAAUUCUAACCAUUGUUACGGUGAUGAUGAUAAUGAAGAAGAAAAAGAACAAAUAGACAAGUU